UGCGCAUUGAGAGGGGGGUCGGGCUGAGUGGCUGUUCCGGAGACCAAAGCUGAUGUGGAGGAGGAGUAGCUGUUUGUUGGGGUUGCCUUUGCCCCGAAAUGCUUCUGUUAGCCGGCGGAGAGGAGAGAGUCUGUGUUUGUUCAAUGGUUGCAGCAGUGACUCCAGACUGAAGGUGGUUGACGCCCUGUUAGGGGCGGUGACCUGGGAGCAGGAGGUCCGGGUACAGGGCUGGGUACGGGCUGUACGUGCACAGAAGGAAAUUACAUUUUUGAAUAUUAAUGAUGGAAGUUCAUUACAAAGUCUUCAAAUAGUUGCACGCCCAGAUUUAGAUAUCAGAGGCAUAACUUUUGGCAGUGCAGUUGAAAUUUGGGGGAAACUGGUGCGGAGUCCUCACAAGAAACAGAGCACAGAACUACUAGCUGAUAAAAUCAGAUUAGUUGGGGCCUGUAAUCCAGUGGAUUUGCCAUUCAAAAUCAAGGAAAGGCAUUCACUGGAAUACAUAAGACAAUUUCCUCAUCUUCGAUGCAAAACAAAUGUUUUCAGUUCACUCCUCAGAAUACGAAGUGAAGCAUUUGCUGCUUUUCAUUCAUUUUUCAAGAAUAAUGGAUUUAUCCACAUACACACACCCAUAAUAACAUCAAAUGAUUGUGAAGGAGCUGGGGAACUCUUCCAAAUUGAACCUGCAAGCAAAACAGCUGAAAAGCAGAAUGUUAAUUUCUUUGAUGUCCCUUCCUUCUUAACUGUAUCUGGACAACUGCAUUUGGAAGUGAUGACAGGGGCUUUCACUCAAAUAUAUACCUUUGGACCAACAUUUCGAGCGGAGAAUUCCCAAACCAGAAGACAUUUAGCAGAAUUUUACAUGGUGGAAGCGGAACUUGCCUUCACUGAAAGCCUGAAAGACAUAAUGGAGGUGAUAGAGAAGCUCUUCAAGACUGCAACGUCAUAUAUUCUUUCAAAACGCCCAGAUGAUAUUGAACUCUUCCACAAAUAUGUAGCUCCACGUCAAAAGGGAAGGUUGGAGCAGAUGAUGAAAAAUUCAUUUCAAGUGCUUUCCUAUACUGAAGCGAUUGACAUUUUGCAGAGAAGUAUGGAAACCUUCAAGUUUGAACCAAAGUGGGGCUGUGACCUUCAGACUGAACAUGAGAGUUAUCUGGUGGAGCACUGUGGCAAUAUCCCUGUUUUUGUAGUUAAUUAUCCUUAUGACAUCAAGCCCUUUUAUGCCAGAGAUAAUCAGGAUGGACCUCAGCAUACAGUGGCAGCAGUCGAUCUUCUGGUGCCUGGAAUAGGAGAAUUAUGUGGCGGAAGUUUGAGGGAGGAGCGACUUGAUCUUCUGCAAUCUCGCUUAAAACAGCACGGUCUUAAAGGCACUUACCAAUGGUAUGAGGAACUUCGUCUAUUUGGAUCAGUGCCACAUGGAGGAUUUGGAUUAGGAUUCGAACGAUAUUUGCAGUGUAUCUUGGGUGUUGAGAACAUUAAGGAUGUUAUUCCAUUUCCAAGAUUUUCUCACUCUUGCCUCUUAUAAAGCAUAGAGGAAAAAAAUCAUGUUUUAUGCUUAAAUUUUUCAAGAGAAGUUGAACCUCGCAAAUUUAGCAAAUAAGUGUUUUCUUGAACUGUACAGUAUUUUAAUGAAUUCUUAAACAUUUACAUGAAAUGGAUAUCUGUGUGACCUGAAAUCAGAAACGAGAAAGGUGACCUAUCACUGUAACCUGAAACAAUAUGAAAAUAAAAGGAAUUUAAAUGAAGUGAAAAUGAAAA